AUGGUCAUUGGAAGGACCCACCUGCUCCCUAUCCCGGGCCUGUGUAAACGCCAGGAAGUCAGGCAAGAACUCAGGAGGCUGUGGGCUCCUGGGAAGUUUCUGGGCUCCUGGAAAGGCAUCGUAUCCAAACAGGGGCAGCGCCCGCUGCUGCGCUCCUGCUGGCGCGUGCUGCGCAGAGUGAGCGAAGCGAUGGACGCGGACCCACCAUCCUAUCACUCCAUGCGCAGCAACUGUGUGCACUUUGCACUGUGUCUGCACUUUGCACUGUGUCUGCACUUUGCACUGUGUCUGCUCGUCCCAGGUCCCAGCCUGGACCCCCGGCAAAUAGACGGGAGCUCCAGCAGCUCGGUGAGCGUGGCCCAGCUACCUGCACAGGACCCAUCCCACCUCCUGAGCAGACUAGCCAAAGCGCCUUAUAAACGCGCAACGGCAAAAUCCAGGCCCUUCUCUUCCCACUCCCCACCCAGGCCAGUUUUCUCCAAACUCAAGAUCCACUUUUCUCUUGCAGGCACAAAGCCACCGGAACCAAGCAGACCCACCCACUUGUCUAGGUUAUCCCAACAGAACCUUCUCAUUACCCCAAUAGAACCUUACCCCAGUAGAAUUACCCCCAAUAGAACUUUUCUACUGAGCCAAGCUCCACCUUUCUGGGCCCCACUCCUUCCCAGGUGUCAAUGGACGUGGACGUGUCCCCGGAUUAAGCAUGACCUUGGCCCUCCUGGGUGGACGUGGAGGCUUCAGAAAGAUUCAUUAAACUACUUUCCAAAGCUUAAUUAG